CCCAACCACAAGCACCAAAGCAGAGGGGCAGGCAGCACGCGGCUUGGCAGCUAGAGUACCAGCCCAGCCAUGGUCCUUGAGAUGAGAGAACGCCAAGAGUUCCAAGCCUCUGACUUUGCCUUGCUCCUGGGAAACUCUUCCUACGACUACGGAGAAAACGAGAGCGACUCCUGCUGUUCCUCCCCGCCCUGCCCGCAGGACUUGAGCCUCAACUUCGACCGGGCCUUCCUGCCAGCCCUCUACAGCCUCCUCUUUGUGCUGGGGCUGCUGGGCAACGGCGCAGUGGCAGCCGUGCUGCUGAGCCAGCGGGCAGUCCUGAGCAGCACCGACACCUUCCUGCUGCACUUGGCCCUGGCCGACGCGCUGCUGGUGCUGACGCUCCCGCUCUGGGCGGUGGACGCGGCCAUCCAGUGGGUCUUCGGCUCCGGCUUCUGCAAAGUGGCCAGUGCCCUCUUCAACAUCAACUUCUAUGCGGGGGCCCUCCUGCUGGCCUGUAUCAGCUUCGAUCGGUACCUGAGCAUUGUGCAUGCCACCCAGCUCUACCGCCGGGGGCCCCCAGGCCGCGUGGUCCUCACCUGCAUGGCAGUCUGGGGGAUCUGCCUGCUCCUGGCACUCCCAGAUUUCAUUUUCCUGUCGGCCCAUCGCGAUGAGCGCCUCAACGCCACCCUCUGCCAGUACAACUUCCCGCAGGUGGGCCGCACAGCCCUGCGCGUCCUACAGCUGGUCGCCGGUUUCCUGCUGCCCCUGCUGGUCAUGGCCUAUUGCUACGCCCGCAUCCUGGCCGUGCUGCUGGUCUCCAGGGGCCAGCGGCGGCUCAGAGCCAUGCGGCUGGUGGUGGUGGUGGUGGUGGCUUUUGCCCUCUGCUGGACCCCUUACCACCUAGUAGUGCUGGUGGACAUCCUCAUGGACCUGGGGGCCUUGGCCCGCAACUGUGGCCGAGAAAGCAGUGUGGACAUAGCCAAGUCGGUCACGUCAGGCCUGGGCUAUAUGCACUGCUGCCUCAACCCCCUGCUCUACGCCUUCGUGGGCGUCAAGUUCCGAGAGCGCAUGUGGAUGCUACUCAUGCGCCUGGGCUGCCCCAACCAGAGGGGCCACCAGCGGCAGCCAUCGGCUGUCCGCCGGGAGUCAUCAUGGUCUGAGACCACAGAGGCCUCCUACUCGGGCUUGUGAGGCUGGGAUGGGGGCACGCCUUUCACCACACAGCCCCACAUUCCACUUUUCACCACUCCCCCCCACAUUCCAGGCUCCUCUCUCGCUCACUUCCCAAACGAACACUCCUGGGCAGCUCUGGAUGGCCCCAGUACAACCGGGUAUCUCAGGGAGCCGCCCUCCUUGCUCUGGGGGCUGCGGCAUCACUGUUCCUUAGCUGCUGAGCCCCAUCCUGCUAUUUCAGAGGUGGCUGCCUUGAGGCCCUUCUUAACCUUGGCCGCACAGAACCCACCCACCCUCCUAAUUCAAUACAUAGGCCUCGGCCUUCCCCAUCCGCAGGGAGCACAAGGCCAACUGCAUCAUAGCAGCCGCCUCUGCCAGGCCUGGGCCCAGGCCUCCUGCUCAGCAGUGACUAUGGCUGUGGUCCUCGAGACCCUCUGUAUUUGCUCACAUUUGGUUUUAUGUCUAAAAUUCUGCUUCUAAUAAACAAGCUUUCAAUAAACAAGCUGAUCAGGA